UUAAAGUAACGGGCCUCGCCGGACUUUUGUCUCUCUGCCUAUUUAUGAGUCCCGCGGAGCUGGCAGGCGCCGGCGGGCAGCGCUAGGAGCCGAGCCCCGCGGGGAAGCCCCAGCGCCGAGCCGGGGCCGGCGGGGGCCAGCCCGGAGCAUGACGGCGAUCCGGGCGCUGCUGCUCUGCUCCUGCCUGGGGCUGCUGCGGCCGGCGGGCGGGCAGCCCUUCCUGCGCUUGCGACCCUCUCCCAGCGACAACCUGCCCGUCAAAGACAUCGUGGAGCACCCGGACCCCGAGUACGACCCCAAAGAGCAGGAUUUGGACGAGAGGACUCUGCGGAAGAAGCUGGGCAGCCAUUUCGACCCGGCUUUCAUGGCCGUGGCCGUGCCGGGGCCGGCCAACGCGUCGGGCGCCGAGGCGGCGGCGGCGGCGGCGGCGGGGCGGGGGCGGGCGGCUCUGCCCGCGGAGCUGCGGCGGCUGGAGCUCGGCCCGGCCCGCGGCCCGCGCCUGCGGGUGGGCAAGAAAGCGAGGAGGAAGGUGCUGCAGUGGCUGUGGGCUCACACGCACUGCCCCGUCCUCUACACCUGGAAGGACUUGGGGGUCCGCUUCUGGCCGCGUUACAUCAAGGAAGGCAACUGUCUGGCCGAGAAGUCCUGCUCGCUGCCCGAGGGCAUGUUCUGCAAGCCCGUCAAGUCGGUCACCAAGACCUUCCUGCGCUGGCACUGCCAGGGUUGGUCCAGCCAGAAGUACUGCACCUGGAUCCCCGUGCAGUACCCGCUCAUCUCCGAGUGCAAGUGCUCCUGCUAGCAGCCCCCUCGCACUCCGCCUCUCGCCGCUCGCAUCGUGUCUCGCCGA